AUGCCCAAGAUCACCGAGAUCUUCUUCGACUGCGACAACACCCUUGUCCUGUCAGAGGAGCUGGCCUUCGAGGCCUGCGCCGAUCUCGCCAAUGAGAUCCUCGAGAAGCGCAACAUCCCUGAUCGCUACACUGGCGAGCAGCUCAUCCAGGAUUUCGUCGGCCAGAACUUCCGUGGCAUGAUGAUCUCCCUCCAGGCCAAGUACAAGUUCGAGAUGGAGAAGGACGAACUUGAAGAAUACGUCAAGAAAGAAGAAGACAAGGUCAUUGCCAAGCUGAACGACAAGGCCCAGCCCUGUGUCGGCGCCAACGAGGAGCUCCAGAAGCUGUACGACUCCGGCAAGUACGACCUCGCUGUUGUCUCCUCGUCCGCUCUUCGCCGUGUCCAGGCCUCCAUCAAAAAGGUUGGCCAGGACCAGUACUUCGCCCCGGACCGCGUCUUCAGUGCCGCCUCCUCCCUUCCCAAGCCUACCUCCAAGCCGGAUCCCGCCAUCUACCUCCACGCCCUGGAGGUCUGCGGCAAGAAGGCUGAAGAGACCGUCACCAUCGAGGACAGCAAGUCUGGUGCCCUGAGCGCCAUCCGCGCCGGUAUCCCCGUCAUCGGUUACGUGGGCAGUUAUCCCGGUGACGACAAGAAACUCGAAAUGGCCCAACGCCUGGAAGAGUUGGGCGCCAAGGUCAUCAUGAAAGACUGGUCCGAAUUCGAAGAUUGCCUUGCGCAGAUUGAAAAGAUCCAGGCCAGUCUGUAG